AUAUGCCUCUUCAAACGCCUCUCGCAUUGUUGCAAAGUUGCACCGGUCUCGAUCGAUCGAUCCAACCGAUCAAUACACCGCCACCAUCGGUCGUCGCCGCCGUGCUGCUCCACCGUCGAGAUCGAUGGGCUGGAGGAAGAGGAACGACGACGGCGGCGGCGGCGGCGGCGCGGCCGUGCCGAGAGGGUGCGUGGCGCUGCUGCUGGUCGGGGACGGCGGCGGAGGAGGGGAGGAGAUCAGGGUGGUGGUGGAGGUGCGGGCGCUGGGGCAGCCGCGGGUGGGGAUGCUGCUGGAGAGGGCGGCGGGGGAGUACGGGUACGACCAGGAGGGCGUCCUGCGCGUCCCCUGCUCCGCCGACGAGUUCCGACGAGCCCUCGCCGCCGACGCCGCCGCCGGGGCUCGGUGCGCGCGGUGACGCUGACGUACGCCCGCGCGCGCGUGCGUACAUGUACGCAAGUGUUCGGCGCCCCGGAGCUGCCGGCCUUGGGUUGGGCAUGUACUUACGUAAAUGUAACAUUUGACGGCAAAUAUGAUAGUAGUAGUAGUAGUUCAUAUGUAUUCAUUCUUUCAGGGGAAAAAAGAAGAAGAAGUGUUAGUGAUUAAUUCGCGACUGUAUAAGGUUCAGAGUAUCAGACAAAUAAUUACUUGUGCGGUGCCAACAACAAAAUUACAACAGUGACUCCAUUAAAGUGUCA